ACAACUCAAUGAGCCCAAGAUAGCCCAUGAAUCCCGUCUUCUUCUUGGAUCCUGCAGCCAGCCAAGAUGGUGCCUGCGCCGCCCAAAUCCAUCCCAUCCAUAUCCAUGGCCGGAUGCGCCGCACCACCACCACCACUGAUGCCCCGCCCUCUCUCUCUCUCUCUCUCUCUCUCUCUCUCUCUGUGUGUGUGUGUGUGUGCGCGCGCGCGCGCGCGUAUUUAUCUCCGAUCGCAUCUCCCUGCCCUCGAUUCAUUCAUCUCGUCGCAUCGUGGAUGAGAAAUAAUAAGGUGGUGGCGGUGGCGGUGGCGUGCCUGCAGGCGCAGCACGUCGCCGGCCUGCCCGCCGCCGCGGAGGGCCGCCAGGUCCUACUGCGCCUGCUCCAACAACAACAGGUUGCCGCCGCAGCGGCAGCAGCAGCAACAUGUAGGGGGGGCGUAGCCGCCUUCCACGACCAGGUGCUCCUCCUGGACUGCGCGCCCGUCAGCAGCAUGGACUCCGCGGUGGCCAUCGCGGUCACGAUCGACGACACUAGAGCUGCGGUCGACGUCAACCUCGCAGAGCAGCUGCGCCGCCCCUCCCCCCGUGUCCUCAGAUUCGUGCUUGGCGGCGGCGCAGGCACGAGUACAGCCGGUGCCGUGCUCUGUCUGACUCUGCACCACAGGCUCAUGACGCGCCGCCGCUCUGCUGGCGGCUGCACGGCGGCGCUGCUGAGCUGCCUGCGGGUGUCCCUGGCCCCCGCCCCUGGCGGUCCACCAGAAGAGGCCGGCGGCAAUGGCAUGGACGACGACGAGGAGUCUUCCGGGUUCAUCACCAUCGAGAAGGGUACCAUCUCCAGGCGGCGCCCGCCGUCCGACAACCUGGUGACCACCGACGACGAGGGCCCAAGUAGUGUGAAGGAGGAGGACAGCAAGGUGGUGGACGCGUUCCUGGCCAUGCUGGAGAGCGACGGCUUGGACCUGGACGCACUCAUCAAGGACGCCGAGGCGGAGCUCGCCGGCCCCACGAUAAAUCCCAAAAUUGCAGCUAAAAGUUGCUCUCCCAAUCCUGCUCUUCUCGCGGCGCCCUCUCUACCUCUCAGUUUCCCAUCUUUCCCUGUGCCGCCGCUCCCACCGCCCCCUACAUCGGCGCCGCCGCGCCCGGUCCUACCGAAGCCGGAUCCACCAUGAACGGCCACGGACACCCUUACCAGGACUACUUUUAUCACUGUGGGAUGAUCAAGCUACUUUAUGAUACGAGGGUGCGCAUUAUGUUCUAAUGUUCGAAUCAUCCUCCAGCAAAUCCAGUUACUGCACUGACACGGGGAUGAAGAUCAUGCGUUUCAGGAUUGAAUAGCCGAUGGUUGCCAGCAGCGCGGAAGACAAAUCACUUGAGCAGCGCGUGCGUCAAGGCAGAGAGAGAGAGAGGGCAGUUGCAGGGAAUUGGUCGAAGAGUACAAGGAUCUUUACACAGUUAUAUUACAUGACUUCAGUUUCUAUAAGUCUAUCACAA